CUCUAUUGAAUCUGACGUUCAGCUCUGCGCUCUCAAAUGAGAAACGACUCCCACCAAAAUCGCAACUUUUUUUGUUGCAUCACAAGCCCAAAAAUCGUUGGAUAAACUUUGGUCGGGUUGAUAUUUUUUAAAGAGGUUUUGUGCUGGUUUUGCAUUGAUUAUUUCUUGUGAUUGCGUGCAACUGAAUCUGGAAGUUUUCUUUGGACUGAAGUCACGAUGUCAGAUAUCUCAGUCAAUGAUCAUCUGGAGGGGAUAUUGUCUGAUUUCGAGGCUUUGAAGAGGUCCUUUGAUAUCGAUGACGUGAAUGAGAUCCCCACAUCUUCUGUCACAUCUCCCAUCAGCCCGAGUGCAAUCCUCAACAAGUCAAAUGAUGUGAGGAGUCCAGGGAACCAGGUGUCUCCUCCUUACCGCUCCAGGAUUAGUAUCAGCUGCAGUCCUGCCCAGAGUCCUGUUAUGAGAAAUAGGAUGGUAUCCAGUCUCUCCUUCAACCGAGGGAUAUUGGAAAAGCCCACUAUAAAUGCCAAUUCUGGGAUCAACCGAGCUGCCUCUUUUCAAAACAAAUUUAAUCCCAAUGGCUUCAUUUCAUUUUCAGGUCCAGGAAGUGACAACGACAGUCUCCAUAGCUCCUCUUCCAGUCUGGAGUACCAGGCCUCUUCUAAACUCUACUCUUACACAAGCCCUCCCCAGAGUCCUCUUGGUGUUGGGGAAUUUAAGGCCCAACGUUUAGGCAGCCCAGCAUUGAAGAAGUUCUCCUCCCAUGGGAAUAUGUUCCAUUCAGAGCUGGAGGGUCCUCUGGUCAUCCCAACUGAACCAAUGGGUAUUAGCCAUGGCUCCAUGCCUUCUCUGGACCUCCAGAUGGAGACUUCAGGAAUGAGACGAGUGAUUUCUCCUGGAUCACGAUUCACCAAUACAGGUCCACAGUGGGGCACAAGUCCCCAUAAUAUCCAGAACAGCAGUACCUUUGCAAGGGACUCCUCUCUCAACAACCAGUCUCCUAGACCUAAAGAUCCAGUGCGCCUCAACAAGUUCCCUCUUGACCUUGACAACCUAGUCUUCAAGUCUCAGAUGGAAUCUCCGGGAGCACCUAAACCACCUCCAAGAUUCCACGCAUUAUCCAACAGUCCUAUUGUCUCUGCAAGUCCCUCUGCAUCCAUCAGCAGCUUGGACAGCACCGACCUACCCCUGGCCCACAACAACAAUAACAACAUCAUCGAAAAGAGAGAGCCCCUCACUCCUCCUGGAGCUAUCCCAGUCCCCAAUAUCAGCGAAUCUCCUGUGCUGCUUUCUCCAGCCCAGACUCUUCAGUACAACGUAGUCUCUAAGCCCCAAGUGGUCCAGGUGGCCCCUGUCUCUCCUUCCCCAUCAGGAGAGAUGGAGAUCAGCAAUGAUAUUGAUCAGGACGAUAUCCAUGCCAAAGAAAGCGUGGGUUCCAUAUUACAGCGGAUUGCCUCUUUCUCCAGAGUGGAGACUAAAUUGCCCGUGUUUGAUCCAAGUCUGGUCAUCCCCCCAAUUAAUGGCAUCAAGAAAGACUCACCAACAAUACAACACAAGGAGCUCAAGAGAUCUGAAGAAACAGGACAGGAGCAGGGCCUGGAUCUGGAGCCACCUGUCCGGAUGGAGGAGGAGAAGGAGGUCAUGGAGGAGAGGGAGGUGGAGGAGAGAGUGGUAGAGAUAGAACGUCCUCUGCCAUGCCUCACUGAUUCUGACACACAAGGCAUUAUCAAGGGCAGAGAUCUAUUCGGAUAUGUCGGCAUUGAGGCAGUCUUGGACCAGAUGAGACGCAAAACCAUGAAGGCUGGCUUUGAAUUUAAUAUCAUGGUGGUUGGUCAGAGCGGUCUGGGGAAGUCGACGCUCGUAAACACACUCUUUAAGUCCAAGGUCAGCAGGAAGUCCUGCACUCCUAAUUAUGAGGAGAAGAUCUCGAAAACUGUCCAACUGCAAUCCGUCAGCCACAUCAUCGAGGAGAAAGGAGUGAAGAUGAAGCUUACGGUAAUUGACACUCCUGGAUUUGGAGACCAAAUCAACAAUGAGAACUGCUGGGAGCCCAUUGUAAAGUACGUCAAUGAACAGUAUGAAAAAUACCUGAAGGAGGAGCUGAAUGUCAACAGGAAGAGAAGAAUCCCUGACACCCGCGUUCACUGCUGCGUGUACUUCCUGCCAGCCACUGGACACUGGUUACGCCCUAUAGAUGUGGAGUUUAUGAGGAGACUGGGGAAGAUAGUGAGCAUCGUUCCUGUGAUCGCCAAAGCAGACACGCUUACUCUGGAGGAGAGGCUAGAGUUCAAACAGAGGAUAAGACAGGACCUCCAGGCCAAUGGGAUCAGAGUGUAUCCACAGAACGAGUAUGAUGAGGACACUGAAGACCGGAUACUCAACGAUAAGAUUAGGGAAAACAUCCCUUUUGCUGUGGUGGGAACAGAUAAGGAACACCAGGUGAACGGGAACAAAGUUUUGGGAAGAAAAACAAAGUGGGGGAUCAUUGAAGUUGAAAAUGUUGCGCAUUGCGAGUUUGCACACUUGAGAGAUCUUCUUAUUAGGUCCCAUUUGCAAGAUUUGAAGGACGUCACUCACAACAUCCACUAUGAGACGUAUAGAGUGAAAAGACUUAACGAGAGCAAUGCCAAUGGACAGGCACUUUCACCUUUGAACCGGGAGAAUGGUAUCCUAGAGAAGAGUGAUGCAGAGAGUCACCUUUGAAAGAGAUGAAGUGUGCACCCGCCUUCACCCCCCGUCAGAAUGGGAGAGAUGAACAUUUCACUUCUAGAUUGCCACUGUUGGAAAAUCGACACGUUUGACUAAAGACAUUUCCGCUUAGGCAUGUAAACUUCAUAUGAGUCUAUUUUUUGAAAUGAAUCUAUAUUGUGGGUAGGGAUCUGGGAUGAGAAACAAUAACUGAUGAAUUAUGGGUAGAAUUGAACCAGGUUUUGGGUAAGAGAACGUUUCCCUCUAUGUAAUUUUUCUCUUUUGAUAUCUUUCAAACUCUUUUUGCCGAAUGAAUGGAACAGAGGCAUGUUGGAAAACGUGUGUGCGUGUGUGUGCGUGUGUGUGUUUGUGUGUGUCUGCACGCCUGACACAUCACUUGAUGAGAAAAUCCCAUUAUCCCUAUCUGUGUUGCUGCACCUAUACAUUAACACUGAACCAGCAAUGUGACAUGCUCCUUUUGCUCUUUUAUUUUCAUACGUAAUUAUUUUAGAUUUUUUUACAGCAAAAAUAUGAUCUUUACCUGUACUUUUGUAAAAGAAGAGAUUAAAAACUUUAGACAAAUAUUUUUUUUACCAUAGCUGCUUCGAAGCUGAAGGUAUUUUCUUAACCGAUACUUAAAAGAGUCUCUUACUGCUAUCCAUACAUGACUGCUGUGAUGAUAGCCGAUUUGUUGAUAUAAUGGGAAAUAUUUCAAAUAUAACCUUUGACCUCAAAGGUCCGGUAUGAAAUGUAAUACUGUUGAUCAUUUAUAAUGCAGAGAUGGGUAGAGAAACAAGAGAAAGUUGAUUCAUACUGAUGUUUGUCGUACAGUAACAGGUCACGUUUAUGGUUAUAUGUUUUUCUUUCUCUAACUAGUUAACUUGCUGUUAAAAGGUACACAUUGUGCUGUUUACUUCUCUCCACUGGACACCAGGAGUCCAUCUUGCCCUUUUGCUUAUCAAAGCUACUGUACAUAACUAUAAUGUGUUCUUAUUUUCUGUCACAGCAACACGUUUUUUUUAUGCGACAUGUAUUAGCGGCAUCAUGAUUUCCUUGUUACUAAUAUUACUAUUCAUGUAAACACCAUUGUUGUAUGAUUAAAAAAUUGUCACCAGCA